CAAGCUGGACCCCGUCAUCCCACGCCCAAGGCACAGUCUUAGUAAUGGUUCUUGUCACUCUGCAUCCAGUGUACCACCCGUCUUCCAUCAUUGUCGGUUUAUUUUGCUAGUGAGCGCAAUCUUUGACACAACAGCAAACUUGUUCCAUUUUGUACAAUUGAAAGACACCAUUUUCGUCUAAUCUCCCCACGUGCAUCCACCAAGUUUGACUUACCCCUCGGCCUCGGCCGCCCAGAUAUCGACAGUUACAAUCUUCUUUGGCAUGGGUUCUCCAGCGUCGCAACCGAUGGCGGGGCAGUCCUCCCAGAUAGGCAGCCCGAAGCUGCCUUCAUUCUACUCCCCUCGGACACAACCCGCCGCUACCACAGAUGACGUGCCAACAAGCGAAGCAACCGCGCUAGAUGGUGCGCUACAAUCCGAGCCCUCCGCGUCGCAACCGCCGCAACAAACACAAGGGGCGCCGAGCACCCGGCCGUCUGCAGCCAUCCUCCGCGGAGCACUGGGACACGACCAGCCGCUCCCGCCACCUUCUCUCCUUUCGCCGGCGUUCACCCCACCCGGGACUCCCGGCACAUCAACUCCGAACCCCUCCUCACUCAUACCGCGCGGCGUGCCCGUUGACAGCAGCGUCGAGUCGGGUGGUUGCGGCUCCAAGAGGCCACGGCUGUUGGAGAAGCUCCCCGAGGUGCAAUGCAUAGUGCGUGCACGUAUUCCCACCACCGCAGGCACCCAGAUGUUCUUGCACCUGUAUACCAAUAAUGUCGACAACAAGGAGCAUCUUGCUAUCGUGUUUGGCAACAACAUCCGCAGCAAGAGCCUGGACGCUGUGCGACCGGGAGAGACUGAGAUGGACCGCAUGAUUAGAGGGGCCUACACCGGUGUACUGUACCCUGGAAGGACGAGCAGCAGUGCGGCCGGCGCUUCGGAAACCAGUCAGCAGCAGCAGCAGCAGCAGCAGCAGCAGUCAGACGUCGAGCGCAACGACAUUCCUCUAGUCCGAAUUCACAGCGAGUGCUACACGGGAGAGACAGCCUGGUCUGCGCGAUGCGACUGCGGCGAGCAGCUCGACGAGGCGGCACGGCUCAUGUCUCUGCCAUCAAACGCGGCUGGCGGCAUCAUCAUCUACUUGAGGCAGGAGGGGCGUGGAAUCGGGCUCGGCGAGAAGCUCAAGGCAUACAACCUGCAGGACCUGGGGUCUGACACGGUUGAGGCGAAUCUUCUUCUGCGACACCCAGCAGAUGCGCGGUCUUACGGCCUCGCGACCGCGAUGCUGCAAGAUCUAGGUCAGACGGAUAUCCGGCUCCUUACCAACAACCCCGACAAAAUCCGUGCGGUCGAGGGUCCCAAUAGAGAAGUCGUGGUCCGGGAGAGAGUCGCGAUGAUACCACUGAGCUGGAGGGGAAGGGGAGGGUUCAGAAGUAAAGAGGUGGAAGGUUACUUGAAGACAAAGAUUGAAAAAAUGGGCCAUAUGUUGGACAGCGGGACAAUGCCUUCGUAACUCGCAGCAAAGAGUGGGACAAAACGCGAUGUAUCAUCGGUGACGCCCUGGGCUGCAUGUUACGGCUCAAUUGUGGAAGAAAAAAGAAAAAAAGCAAUCGUUAAGUUUCAAAGCCGAGGAGCUUACCUAGACGCAACUGUUGCUCCAGGGGCUGCGGGACCAAGACCAUUGGCUUAAGCUAGGAGCUUUCGAGCUACAUAUACUCCAUUUCAAUGAGCUACAUAUCACCAUUUAGAGUAGUUCAUAACGGUAGAUCAUCUCAAGUAAUCAUAGACGCAUGGAACACGAUAAA